AUGACCGAUCUCGGUUUGAAAACCAUGCAAUUACGAGGAAGUGAGGUCGCUACUACUUCUUGAAGAAGUAGUGACAUACUCCACUUAUAAUAAUUAUAAAGCAAAACGAGUCUUUUCAUUUUCUUUUUUAUUCUACUUCCAUGGUAAGAAAACUAAAUAUUUCAUCUUCUUCACUCACUCUGAUUCCUCUUCUUCACUUUUUCCUCUGGUUUUCUGCUAAUUUCCUGUAUUACGUUCCUUAUUCGCUACUCUCUUCGACUCCUAUUUUAGUAAGAGGAAUGAACAGCUCCUUCUCCUCCGGCAUGGCAGAUCCGCAUUUGAUCAUCGAAAAUCUGCCGGUUGGAUGGAGAUUCCACCCGACGGAUGAAGAACUCCUCAUCCAUUAUUUAAAGCCUAAAAUUCUCGGUGAUCGGAUCACUGACUCCGACAUCAAAGAAAUCAAUAUCUCUGAUUAUAAUCCUUAUGACCUAUUUGGUCAAUUUAGUAGUAAUUUUAGCAAUAAGGAAAGGUAUUUUGUUUCUCCCUGUGAGUACUAUGAAAAUAGUAAACUCCGGAAGAGGAAAGUAAGAGAUGGUGGAUUCUGGAAAAGCACCGGCGAUCCUAGGGAAAUCACGAUUGGAGAUUCCGAGGAGGUGAUUGGCACAAAGAGAUCGUUGGUGUACCAUAAUCCUGAUGCUACCGAAAUGAUCAUGACUGAAUAUGCGUACACUGCUCAACUCGACAGACCCAUUAUGGUAAUUGUCGAGAAUUUCUACUGGAAGGGGUUACUCUUUUUUCUCUUCUCUUUCAUUUUUCUGAUUAAGGGUAAUUAUGUUAUCUACAAAUUAAAGAGAAAACCAAAAAAGAAGAAAGCAGGAAGUAAGAAGUCGAUGAAAGCUGAAACGGGUAGCAUGAAAAAACCUAAGAAUGCAAGAAAAGGUGAAUCGUCAAUCUGUAAUUCAGCUUCAGCUUCGGUGUCUGCUUUUGAAAAUAAGAAUUUAAAGGAUAUGACAGCUAAUUCAGCCAAUGGUGAAGGUAAAGAAAGCAACCAUGUGGCUUCCGAUUUAGAAAACCCAUAUUCUAAUAAGAUGAUUGCUAUUUCAACUUAUGCGAAUGGUGAAUCAAAUUAUCCAAAAACAUCUGAUUUGGAUAAUCAGUAUCUAUAUAAGAUGACUUCCGCCUCAAAUUCUAAGCAAGGUGAAGCAUCCAACUUAAUGGAUUCAAGCUUGAGGAAUCCAAAUUCUAAUCUGUUGUCUACUGCCUCAGCCAGUAAUAGCAGUGAAAGGAGCUGCUCAACGGUUUUCAAUCUGAAAACUAUUAGUGCAUUUAAGAUGGCAGACAUGCUAUCGUAUAAGAAAGGUAAACCGAGUUGUCAAAAGGCUUUUUGUGAUGAAAAUAAAACUUCAUGUGAGAUAACGGCUGUUUCACCACAUAACAAAGAUGAAACACAUUAUCUCGAAGAGGAUUUUGAUUUUGGAAAGCAAAAUCCUAUUGAUAUCAGUACUAACUAUCUUUAUAAUAAAGAUAAGACAAGUUGUGAUGGUACUCUGGAUUUUGAGAUUCAAAAUCCUAUUAGGAACAUGGAUAUAUCAGCUUCUGUAGAAGGUAAUUGGAGUCCGUUGACUGAAAUAUCUUCCGAUUUUAAUACACAAAAUCGAUAUAAGAAGACUGAUAUCUCAUUUCUAGAAGAUAAUGAGAACCCCUCAAUGGCUUCUAAAGAAGAGGAAACUACUUUUCAAGAAGUUCAGAGUCGAUUUAAGAUGGAUAUGCCCGUCCUUGAAGAUUAUCUAGGUCCUUUGGAGGCUUCUAAUGCUGGAAAAAAUAACUAUGAAGAAGUACAAAGUCAAUGCCGAAAUACAGACAUAUCAGACCUUGAAGCUAAUCAGUCUGUGCCGAUAGCGUCUGAUAUAGAGUACAAUGAUUUUUCCGCAGUUGACCCUCGACAAUGGGAAGAGAUAAUGGCGAGCCUGAACUCUGACCUGCAGCAGCCUACUCACAGUUACGAAAGCCCUUAUAGUAGCGGCUAUGGCAUGCAAAUGCAUCAGGAGAAAACCGAUACUCCAACCUUUGGGGAUAACCAGGGUCCAUCGGCAGAUUCUGAUGCGGGGAAUUCUACAACUCUUGUGGUGGAGAAUUCCAUACUUGAUGACCAACAGCUGGAAGAGCUGUUUGUGUUCUUCGAAUUAAAAGAUGUUGUUAACUCACAGCAGCAUCCAAUUAGCGCCGCGGAAAGCCCAAUUCCCAACGGCUGUGGUGCCUCCGUCUCUUUUGACGGAUUCCUACAUGUUCCUACUUGGAACUAGUAGAAAGAAACUCUAUGAUGACAUAAGAGAAGUAACCAAACAGUGAAAACAGCAUUAGCAGUUUGGUUUCUUAUGUCAAUUAAAGCUCUCGUAUGAAUUGACACAAUAACCGAUGUGUCGAUUAAGAAUCUUUUGGUGGUUACUUCAAGCUGAAAUAUAUGCUUGAUAUGAUGUUCCUUUUUAUUCUAAUUUGUUGAAAUUUGGAACCAAGAUGAAUCCGGUUUCCAUAGUUAUUGUAUUGAAUAUGUUAAAUAGUUAAGUCUAUAGCUUUUAUGUGUAGUUAUGAACAAAAAGCUUGUAUGUAGUAUAGCUCGUUUUCUUUCGUUUUUA